AUGACGCCUCCCAUAACUAAAAGCGCCAACGGCACGCAAUUCACACAGCCGGUCGAGUGCUACAACUCGCGCGACGCCAUCCCUGCCAUGCCCUCCAAUAUCCAAUAUUAUAAUCAGGUCCCGCUGUACCAGACAGAAUCCCCGCACAAAGAUAUGAAGGCUAUUUUGCAGGACUGCUGUUCGAAUGGGGUGUGGAUUUAUGCGGAUCCGGAUCCUUGUACGGCUAUUUGUGAUUCGACUACUUCGGCCGAGGCGAAAAGGGUCAUGUACUGCUUGAAUGCGGAGAAUGUUGUACAUGGAAGCAAAACGGAGAAGACUUCUGGGGCAGGGAGGAGUCCGGCGGUGGGAUGGGCUUAUUUGAUUGCUGGGGGGAUGCUUCUGUCUGCGAUGUUUAUUUGA